GACACGAAUCACAAACCAUCUGUGAACUGUGAUAACGCAAGAGUGCAGGACAUCUGCAGUCUCCGGUCGGUUGCUUAAAGGGCGAUAACGGGUUAAUGGAUUAGAGAAGAGUGUGCGUAGCGAUUUAAUGUGGUCAUGAGGACAAUAAUUGAAGUGCCAACGUUGUAGAACAGAGUGUUAUCCUACACUGAGGGGUGUGCUAAGUGAAAGUACUCAUCGAGUGUGUUGAUUUUCAGUCCAACGCAACAGGUGGCUGCCGAGUGAAGUACAGUGAAGUGUGGGGUGCUUCAACCCACCCGCAUAAGUGUAAAUUGUCGGGGCGAGAUCCUAUCGUCAGGGACAAGCAUGAUUCCUCGAAGCUUUCGCACGUUGGCGGUGGUUAUCCCAUUAUUGAUAGGCGCUGUUACUCUGGUCCACGCUGACGAUAGCGGCGGAUCGAACCCGAGUGCACCGAGUAAGCUGGAUGAUUAUGUGCUUACCACUCAGUCCGAGUGUUAUAAGUCGAAACGGUUGGUGUCCUGCUUCAAGUAUCGGAUCUCGCGGUACAUUUGGUCGUUCGCGUCUGGCCGCAUGAACUGGUUACUGCCCGAGGACCAGGCUUACGAGGGUGGAAAUGGGUUGCGAUUAGUGCGGCUUAACGAACUACAGGAGGACGAUGUGUUCCCGGAGGCACGGCAGAUAUCACCGUACGACAAUGAAAUCAUGAAGGCAGCGAAAUUCCUGCAGCGUUCGCUCAACACCUUCAUCGCCGCCCACGGACUGCGGAUCGGCAUGGGCUCGGACAGUGGCGCUCGCUUCAUAGACGACGUCGACGACUUCGACGGCCGGGGCAAGAAGAAGAAGAAGUGGAGUAUGAUCCUGCCGUUGGCGUUGAUGCUGAAGCUGGUGCACAUGAAGCUGCUGCUGAAGCCCAUCCUGCUCGGUGUCGGUCUAAUACAGGUGCUGCUCAUUGCCGGUGGCCUUAUUAUAUUCAAUUACUUCCGACACAGCAGUAUCUGCCGGCUGCAGCCGCAUGUGGUGCACUCGCACUCGCACAUUGCCGCCGAAUCGUCCCCAGAUAUUUCCUAUGCAGCCUACGGAGCCUAUCCAUCCUACUCGGCCUCACCGUACUCCACAUACGGCAAGGAUUGGGCUACCAAUCGAGCUUACAGUGCAUAUAAUUUUCUAGAUGCAAUCGACAAUCACAAAAUUUAAUAGCUUGGGCAAUGCUCACAAGUUAAAAAAUCAGGACAUCUAAUUUUCCAAUUUUCACACAUCUUGUUAUAAGCUGAGCUCUAUUCAGCCACUCCAAAUAAUCAUCAUCUAAUAGUAUGUCAAACUAUAAUUCUUCUCUAAUUAUAAUCAUCCAACUCUUCUUCUAUAAAAAGAAAAACUAAUUUUUCCACUUUAUUAUCAUUAACAACCUUGAUAACACUCCAUCUUCCUUUUACUAACCAAUACUAGUCUCUGAUCCCUCGUAGCUACCAGAUUACUCUUAACGCACUUUCUAAAGUUCCCCUUCAGUUUUCGUUGGAAUCGGAAGUGGGAGCUGAAGGAAUAUUGUAGCUUUAAAAAGCGAAACCUAUUUAUAUAUUUAUUUAUUUAUUUAUUGAAUUAUCCAUUGCCCUACUAACUAAAAAAGCGUACGGCAAGUAAUGCCCAUCUUUUUUGGCAUCCCAGGUUCCCACUAAUUUAAUAUUUUUAGCAUCCGAACGGGAGGAGUGAAGCCAGCCCAAGCUGAGCCGUUAUUCAUAAUGAAGCCCGAGAGUAAAUAAAAUGACAAACAAGAAUAA